AAUAUGCACUUUAUAAAAAUUAAGGUCUUGUGGAAAUACAUAAUUUAAUGAAUGCUUCAUGUAACUAGGUAUCCAGAGAGAGCCUCAUUUAGCAAUUCUUCAUAUUGUAUGUGGAUAUGUAUGUAUGUAUGUGUGUGUGUGUGUGUGUGUGUGUGUGUGUGUGUGUGUGUAUGCGGGAUGAUGUCACAGAUGAGGCAGGUACAAGUUAGAAUGAGGCCUGUCAUUGGACGAGAAAGAAGGAUGGGCAAGAGAAAAGUUUGAAGGAAGGGGAGGAGACGGGAAUGGAAGGGGCAGAGACAGAGAGUAGCAGCAGAGACAACAUGGAGGCUGACGUUAAGAUUCCACGUUGUACCUUUACAGGUUGUUAUGAAAUUCUUUUUUUUUUUUUCUUUUUUUCGGAGCUGGGGACCAAACCCAGGGCCUUGCCCUUGCUAGGCAAGCGCUCUACCACUGAGCUAAAUCCCCAACCCCUGUUAUGAAAUUCUUAAGGGAUGGAUAUGUACAGGGCUUUGUAUGUUUAGGUGGGCAAUUAUAUCUUUCAAUCAGAUCAAAGAUUAUUGUAUUGUAUGGUCCUUCAUGUAGCGAUUUAAGUGUAAGAAAGUGUGCGGCGGCUAGAAACACUGGGCCAUCGUGGAAUUGGGAUGUGUGCUUGUGGCAAGAUAUCUAGCAGAUAUCUUGGGGCACCGCAGUGUAGACCUAGUGGGGAUAAAAGAUUACUUUUUAUUUUUUUAUUUUUACAACUAUAUAUCUAUCUCUAUCUCUAUCUAUCUAUCUAUCUAUCUAUCUAUCUAUCUAUCUAUCUAUCUAUCCAUCCAUCCAUCCUUUUACAGAGGUGAAGAGCUCUGGGGACUGUAACAAAUCGUAAACUAUGAACUAAAACUGGGAACUUCAAAUUGUCUCAGUUAAUCUUGACUCUCUGAGAUGAGGCCCCUAUUACCAGUCAGUAGACUUGAGGUUUAUGGAUAGCUGGUGACCUGUGUAAACAUGUCACCGAUGCUUACCUUGAAAACACUGUGUACCUACUAUGCUAUAUAAACACUGAUAGAUGCAUCUACUUCGGGUUCUUGUCUGGUUAUUUUUGUGUGAUAAAUUUCCACAUUGGCAGUCAGUUGGCCAAGAAGUACACAUUGAAAGCUGGGGCUGCAAAUGGUAGAGCAUUUACCUAGCAUGCCUGAGGACCUGGGUCCUGUCCUCUGCGUUAUAGUAAGUAUAAGCUGGUCAUGGGGCCACAUACCUUAAUCUCAGCAUCCUGGAGGAGGCUGAGGCAGGAGGAAUGCCACAGAUGAGGCUGCACUGUUCUGCACAAUCAUCUACAGGUUAGCCAGAGCUGUGAAGUAAAAUUCUACUUCAAAAAGUAACAAAACUUCAAGGUUUGCUUGAACCUUUUCAUUUGUCUUCUAGUGAGUAUCAUUAGCAAGAGGAAAGGUUUAGGAAACAGGUCAGUCCUUUCGAAGACAAGCUGUGUCCCCUCUCCAUACACUGCUUGUCCAGCAUCAUCCUCAUACUUGAUGUCUUCCUCACUCAUCAGCAGUUUGCUUUUGUGGAUGCCUUGUGUGACAGCACUGCCAGCCUCUAACAUAAAUAGCCACCCUGCAUAUGGACCUAACAACAACUCUCACCUCAGAGUUAGGCAACGCCUAGUUCUAAAAUCCAGGCAGCUUUUAGAGGUAGCUAGCUUUCCCAGAUGGACUCAUCAGCCAUGCUGUUCGUGAGUUAAAGCUGCAGAAGGCUCUGCCUGCCUUUUGUUGCAGCCCACCUUUCACCUGUAUGGCAUGCAGCAGUGAGCUCCAGGGGCCUUGGCAGUCCUGCACUGACUGUUUGUUUGGUACAUAUAUGUGGUUACGUAUUUGUAGAUCACUUCUGAAAACCUUUAUCCUCCUACACAAACUCUGUCAUAAGAAAUGUUCUUUGUGUAGGUCUUGAGCUGAGCACGACAGCAUUAUAGCAACUCAGAACAUGCUGAUCAUCGUCAUUCAGAUACUGUUGGGAUCUUUGGAUACUAUUAAAGAAUGGGUAUGGAUUGGGAUUUAUGAUCUAAGCCUUAAAGGAGGUAUUAUGUAUUUCAAACUCACAAAUAAGUGAAUUAAAAGUCACAUGCUCUUGAAAUGUGAUUUCUUUUUAUAAUCCUUAGAAGCUCAGCAACUCGAGUUAGACAUCCUGAGGGCAACAUGUGUUGGGGGACCCGGGGGUGGCGUGGGGAGGGAAUGUGUUUGUUGAAAUUGUCCAGGAGCAAAGCUUGGCUCACUUGAAACGCAGAGAUUUGUCAUCCAAAUAUGUGCAGAUUGCUGACGCUAUAAAUAGUCUGAACUCAAGUAAACAGCCUCUUCCCCUAGCUGCUGUUUGGCUAUUAUUCACAUGCCAGAGCAGGCUGGGAGCAGAAUCUGCACCUCAGUGCUCUGCACCCAAAUCCUGCCCCUGUCUGCUGGUGGAGACACCAGCUUCUGCGAGGUUUAAGUGACUGGAUCAGGUGUUUGCCCAUUUACCGGAACAUAUAGGGCUUCGCUCUGGCCCCUCCUGUUGUGGGGCUUUGUCACCUUACCGCUGCGCUAGACCAGCCCUAGCCAAGAUUAUUGGCAGGAAUUAAAAGCCUUGGGCCACAUGGCUAGACUAAAGCAGAUUGAGGAGGCACAGGCAGCAUCUUUCAGAGCAGAGACAUGCAUGGCUGUUUCUCUUGGAACCAACAAGAGUGGUACCAGCUAUCAGAACUCUGAGCAGUCUGUACCAACAGCUGGUAUAUGUGCCAGGUUCUGGCUGCUGGCAUUUCCAGAGCCCCUUCAAGACUCAUACAGAAUGCUGACAGAGCAGCCGAGGACACUCCAUGGUUGAUUACUCUGUUUCCUUUGUGGUGGGGUCUCCUCUCCAUUGUCUCUGCCUGCUCUCGUCUCCCUUCAACUGUAUUCAUUCACAGUGGCUGUGAGUCAAAUGCCUAUGCAGGGUUGCAGCAGAUGAAAGGUCUGCUAGAAAGAACACGAGAGACGGGGUCGGGAAAUCUGAAUUCCUGAGCAAAUUAUUUACUUUUUUAUUCUUCAUUUUUCAAAUGAGGGUAGUCCUGACUUCCUGACUUCCCUGUUUCCAUGGAUUUGAUGAGAAAAUUUCUGUAAAAUUACUUCCUGGGUUCUACCAAAGUAGCAGAAUGUGAAGGGAAGGUGUGAUGAUAUCAGACUGGGUCCUUGGGGGAUUGCUGUGACAAUUAGAACUAAGAAUGCAGUGGCAAAGUGGCAGGAACAGCAGUGGUUACAUUACAUCCUUAGGUGACCGAGGAUUUUAACCAUGAAGUUACAUGGGCUGCAUAGAUGUUGGCCUUAACAAAAGGCCCUGCUGAAAGCUGAUUCUAGUAACUGAUAGUACAAGAUAAACAUUUAAAGUACAGGUAAGAUACCACUGAAUGAAUGGGCAAGUGCUGUUGUUGUUGUUGUUGUUGUUGUUGUUGUUGUUGUUGUUGUUGAGAUUGGGUCUCAUUGUGUUUAUGAGAUUGACUUGCCUAGAACUUGUGUAGACCAAACUGGCUUUGAGCUCACAAAGAUCCCCCUGCCUGUCUCCAAGUGCUCAGAUUAAACCUUUGUGCUACCGUGCCUGGCCAAGCCCAGUUUAAGAAACAAAAUAAACUGAGUCCAGAAAGGCCUCAUUCUCCUGUGCCCCUGUCACUCUGAGGUAACCAUUUAUGUUACUAUCACCUGCCUUCUAAUUUUAUUUUGUACAGUUAUACAGUCGCGUAUAGUGUAGGCUGGGCCCAAACUCACUGUGUAGCUGAAGUCUGACUUAAAUUUCUGAUCCUCCCUCCUCUACCGUAAUGCUUGGGUUGCAACUAUGUUCCACCAUGGCCUGUUUGUUUAUUUAUGAUGCCUGGAUCAAAGCCAGGGCUUCACAGCAGCUAGACAAGCCCUCUACCAUUGAACUACCUUAUCCCAAAUAACCCCCACAAACAACAAAACCCAGUUUUUUAUGUUUAGUUUCAUGCAUGCAAUAAUUAACAGCCCUUAUUAUUAUCAAAGAUCUCCACUUAGCUUCCAUAUUCACUUUUCUAGUCAGAGCUAAACAAGACCAUAUAUGUCUGUAUUACUCUUUAACAAAGAAGUUUCACUAUAUAACUCAGCUUGUCCUUGAACUCAGCAAGCAUCUGCCUCACCUUCCCAAGUGUGGGGAUUUCAGACCUGGGCAAGAUUCAGCGGCUGUCACUGGUGCUCUCUCCUUUCUUCUUAGCUUGAAGGUUGUCUUCCUCCACCUCUUGAAACCGCUCAGAAUUUUUAAGGAUUCUUUCCUAUCUUCUUUUUUGCCUUUUCUUUUCUGGGAUUCCUAAUUAGUGACACAUUGGACUUCCAGGAUUGCUCUAGAAUCAACAUCCCUUUUGCCUUGUGUCUCCCUCUCCAUUGUCCUUUCCUGUGUGUGUGGGUUGUGUGUGGGGUAUCAGUGUGUGUGUGUGUUGGGGGUGUUUCCAGCCAGAGCUGUUUGAGGCUCUUGGAAUGGAUAUAUCAGAGAUGUUUUGGCCUUUCCACUGUGGUAGGAGAACACAGCAGGAGGAAUGAGCUAAGAGCAUGGAGCUAAUGUGUCUCCAAACAAGGCCUCCUCAAGAAAGUGACAUUUAAUGUGGGAUCUGAUUAAUCAGAACCAGAGGGCGGGGCAAUCAGAGUGGCACUGGUAAGACUCAAGGUCGUCAAACCGCCUCCUGUUAAACUUGUAGGUUGUACAGCUUCAGGAGAACCUUCUGCCUUCUGGGAGGACACUCCCAUACGGCUAGUAAACUGCCUGCUUUCCAACUGUGAGGAGCGAGGCUCACAUCCCCAGAAGUCAUGUAAAAAGCCAGGGGUGGUGGCUUGUGUCCUACUAGCCACAGUGAGAAGAUUGAUCCCUGGGAACUCAAGGGCUAGCAUGGCUUAUGGCUGAGUUCAAGUAAAAAUACUGAAGGUGUCUUUGUGACUCUUGUAGGGUUGACUGUAUGGCUUCUCAUAUGAUUCACGUUUCCGAUUUCAAACCUGAUUUUGAGAUCUGUACACUAGGAGGCUCUCUGGUUAUGUCUGCAUGCUAGGCAGACAGAUAGUUUUCUUGUCUUUCCCCCUGUUCUUCUGUAGAUUACCAUUUUCACAUAAGCAGUUGUUAUUACUGGACAGCUAAUGGCAAGAAGCUCUCCUUGCAGUUGUAAAUCUCAGCAUGUUUCUCUGUUAUCUAGAAAAAGCAUAGCCUUGUAGCUUUGUGGCACAAUGAAGAAGUAAAUGUCACAUCUGCAGCCUGCCUUUGACAGGGCACAGGCUGUACAAGGGGCACGUUUUUCUUUUUUUAAAAGUAAGCAUGCACAACUGGGUAUAGUCGAGCAUGCCAUUAAUCUCAGCACUGUCAGCUGAUCUCUGUGAAUUUAAGGCCAGCCUGGUCUCCACAGUGAAUUCCAGAACAGCCAGAGCUAGAAAAAACAAACAAAACAGCAUGCAGUUUGCAUCAGCUCUGUGCAUCAAGAAAGUGAAUAGGGAUAGCCAGAAUCUGUUCAUGCAUACAUUCCUGUUUAGAGAUAGCUGUGGCCAGCUGUGGUGGCACAUGCCUACAAUGGCAACAUUUGGGAGCCCGAGGCAGGAGGAUUGCCACAAGUUCCAGGCCAGUCUGGGCUACAGAGUGAGAACCAGUCUAAAAACAUUAGGAGAAACAGCAACACCACUCCCAACACACACACACACACACACACACACACACACACACACACACACACACAAGAAAUACCAGUGUAUUGCUAACUGAACAGAUGGCCCAGUUGGCCUGUGUAAAUGGAGGGAACAGCCCUUCUGCCUCCUUCACAGGAGUUCUGUGGGGAUUGGUGAGCUGAUGUAGACAGACACAUAGACUGUCACCUGCAUAUAAUAAACAUCCAACAAAUGUUUGUGUUUAUGGAUUUUCUUAUGCUACUUGGUGUCUCAUGAUCCAUACAAAAUAUCACUUAGAAACAGAUCUUCCCCUUAAGACUUUAGCAAAGGAGUAAUGCUCACCUGGAAAUGAAGGCCACUCACAGGAGAAAAGGCUAAGGUAGCACUGAGGGUGUUGAAAGGGCAGACCAAGCCCUUGCAGGCCAGUGUAAAGGGCAGCUUUCUCAUGCAGGACUCUGUUAGCCCCUGAGUUCUGCACUUGCUUUCCUCCCCAACAUGGGGUUGAUACUGCUGAAUGAGGAGAGGCCUUUCACAGGCAGUAGCAUGAGGGGUGAGAGCAUCAGGGCUGUCUGGCCCUGCCUGGCCCUAGAGAUCCCUGAGACAGAGCACAGCCUUUGCCGCUUCCUUCCUGGGCUUUUGAGAAGCUCAUCCCUCCCCCACUGCCAUGCCCGUCCUACAUGAGAACCCCUGUCUGACCAUCUGAUCUACAUUCGGAUUACACGAAAUGACUUGUGUAUGGGGCUUGGCUGUGUGUGCUCCUGGUUUACAUGUGUCUCUCCUGUUGUCAGCUGUGAGACAGCAUGAGUGUGCCAUGCCUGUAGGUUGGUGGUGUUAGCAUUCUGUCUUCAUGCACUCUACCACAGAACUACAAGGCAAGAGUCAGGGCAACGUGCUGAAGCAACUGAUGCUUUGUAAAUGAGCUAUUAUUUUUGUUCCAAGCUAGAGGGUGGUGACAGUAAAGUGAACUUUCUUAUGAAUGCAACCUUAUUUCCUGAUGCCCCUUGUGCUUGUGGGAUAAAGACACAGCUAAGCAGUGGGCCAGUCUCCAGCCCCUCCAGGCAGGGUUGCCCGAGAGCAGCUCUCAGAGGGCCUUUGUGCAGGACUCAGCCUGACAUUCUGGAGAAGUUCGGUGCCAUUCUUCCGAUUCUUCUUACUCAGCUUGGUCACCCUGUCACUCCACUGUCUUUACUGAAUCAUCACGAGGGCAGAGAACCAUGAAAGAAAGUCCGACUUAGAAAAUCAUGUCUUUCCUAUUAAGACAUUGGGCUUUGUUGUAGUUGGUUGGUUGGUUUUUGUUGUUUUGACAAAUAUUUUUGUACUUAUAGUAUGUGUCAGUCACUUAAUCCUCACAAGAACCUAGAAGGGCUUGGGGAGAUGCCUCAGUAAGUACAAUGACCGUCACGCUGGCAUGAGGACCCUGGCACCCACGUAGAAGUGAGGUAUGACUGCAUCUGUCACCCCAAUGUGGGGUGGAGACAGGAGCCCUGGAGUUCUUUGGCGAUCCAGCCUAGCCAAAUCAGUGAGCUCCAGGUUCAGUGAGAGACUCUAUCUCAAAAAAUGAUGUGGAAGGGCCGAAGAGAAUGCUCAGUGGUUAGAGCUCUUGCUGCUGUUACAGAAAACCUGGUUUAGGUUCUCAGCACCCUCACUGUGGCUCACAGCCAGCCAUAACUCCAAUUUCAGGGGAUCCAAUGUCCUCAUCUGACCUAUCCAUGUAGGCACCAGAUAUACACAUAGAACACAUAUAUGCAUAUAGGCAAAGCACUUAUAUACAUGAAAUAAAAUAAAUAAAUCUAAAAAGAAAUAAAGUAGAAAGUGAUUGAGGAAGUCAUCCAGCAUAUAUCCCUGGUCUCCAUAUAUAUGUGUACACAUGUAUACACAUACCUACACAAACAUGAAUUCAUAUACAGCACACACAAAGACUUUAUUGGGGGAAGUUGUGAUCGAACCCUUCAUUGGGCAGCCAAGGCACAGACAGAUUGCCCUAGGUAAUCCACAGUAGGAGGAAGGCAGGGCUUGCAGGACCUCACACCUCUCCUGUGCUCUCAAGCUGGUGGAUUUUAUUCCACCACAGUUCACCAACUUGUCUAAAGCCUUCUGGUUGGCAAAUCGCAACACCCCCCCCCCACACACACACACACAAGAAGAGACUGUUUGCUUGAGUCCUGAUAAACAUCAGUUUUCUGAGAACUUAUUAAAAUUCCUAUUAAGUUACAAAGGCACAGCUUCCCCCAUCUACCAUAAAGAGCUGUGACCGACAGUGUUCCACCUAACUUUCCAUCUCCGUGAAAGUAGCAUAUACACAGGUCUGCUAUGCCCCUUUGGGGAGAGGCAGUUAAAAACUACCUGGUAUUUUGGUCACAAAGCCUGUAAGCCCACCCUCUGACCUGGUAAGUGCUUCUCUUAUCAGCUGGGUGGGAUGUGUUUUAAAAAUAGCAUUGGUACAUGUGUGAUGUUCACUGACUUAGGAGUUAAGAGCCUCAGUUUCUAGUUCUGGCCCUUUUGUUUUCAAGCUGUGUAACUUUAAGCCAAUCACAUAAUGUCUGUUUCAUUUUCUUUUUGAGGAAAGAGAGUAAUAAUAAUAAUUCUUCUAGGGGUGUUGUGAGAAUCAAAAUAGAUGAUAUCCCACAAUGAGAACUAGUGUCUGUGAGCUAGCAUACUUGGUCUGUACUGACUGCUAUCUCUGUCCCCUUGUAAGUGUCAGUUUUCCAUGAUCCUAAAUUAAAGCCUGGGGUUGGGGAUUUAGCUCAGUGGUAGAGCCCUUGCCUAGGAAGCGCAAGGCCCUGGGUUCGGUCCCCAGCUCCGAAAAAAAGAACCAAAAAAAAAAAAAAAAAAUUAAAGCCACUAGCAUCUCAUUUUAAGUUAGGAAAACUGAGAGAUGGAGACUGGGGUCUGAGGAGUUGGGGUGUGCCAUGUAGGACCCAGGUUCUGCCUCUGACUCUUCACGGUGCUUACAGACCCUGCCUAGGUCUCCUUGAUGCUCACAGGCAAGAGCAAGAGGUUAGCCAUUCUCCUUGGUGGACACACUGCACAUGCAACAUUCUUCUUAUGUAGCCUAACCAUGCUGGGUUUGUCCCUAAGGACAGUUAAAUUCUCUUACUUGUUUAUCUUAUCUAGUAGUUUUGUUGUCGUGUUUCAUGCCCUCUGGGACUCCUUCGCUGAAUUCUUUUGGGCUUUCUCACAGAGAAAUGUUUUAGUUCCACUAUAAAGGGGUCCCUGGGAGCCCAGAAGGCCAGGCAUCUUGGGCCAGGGUUUCAUCCUGCUCAGGCAUGUGGUUGUUAGCCUGGAGUAAAAAAACUCCAAGAUGUAUUUGAUAAUAAGUUCUGCACACACUAGCUUCCAGUGGAGUUUCAGACAGGGAAGACAUCCAUGUUAUCAUUUUACUGAUGAAAUCAAAGACCAGUGACUUGAAUGAGGCAGGGCUGAGCCCCGAAGCCAGUUCUCCAGGCAACAGACCAGUGCUGUGACCAGCCUUUUCUGUGUGUAUUCAUAGGAGCAUUAGGACACAUACACACCGUGCCCAGCACACUCCUAGGAGGCUAGAGAAAUGAAACACCUGGGAGGACUGGGCAGAGGGGCAGAGGUGGGGACACAGAGAGGGCUUCUGCCUGAUUAGCACAUUCCACCCCAAAGAAGUGAAUGGGAGCACAGCAGCAUGCAGGCUGCCAGUCUUCCCAGUGACUAAGAAGCAGAGAGAUUUACGCUGGGAGUCCUGGCCACUGACCGGCCACAUAGGAAGCUUUUUGUCACUGAGGCCGCAGCAUUGAAAAUUGAAGGAAGGAUGUUUGGCGAAUGUGACGGGCCUGGGAUGCAGUUACAGCCCUCUGGCUCAUUGUCCAAAGGAAAUGGAUCUCUCCUGUGCACAGAGAGGUGGAAACUGAGCAAGUGGGUUGAGUGGUUGACAUCAUCAGGCCGAGAAUUGGAUUACAACAAAUGGGGACUUACUUGGCCAGAGACUGGGAAACACCCACUAAAACCUCGAAGUGCUUUUCAUUUAGGAGAAACAGGGAGAGAGAAAGGGCAGGAGCGAGCUGUCUGCCCCACCUGCCCUGCCCUUCUGAGCUCUGGCUUCUUGUUCUACCUACCUAUCCUUCUGACCUGGGACCUCUGUGCUUGGAGACCUGGCUCCUGCCUGAGGAGCGAUGCGACAGGCAUGAUGGAAGUCGAGUCCUCCUACUCGGACUUCAUCUCCUGUGACCGGACAGGCCGUCGGAAUGCAGUCCCUGACAUCCAGGGUGACUCGGAGGCCGUGAGCGUGCGGAAGCUAGCUGGAGACAUGGGCGAGCUCGCACUUGAGGGGGCAGUUUCAGAACAGAGGAACCCUGUUAUACCUGCACAUGGCAGGAUGUUUGUGACCACAGGCUGAAUGACCCAAUGAAGAAACCAAGAGGACCCAGCAUUGCCUGGGACACCCUGCUCCCCACUUGUUCUCUGUCCUCAGAGGCCUCUUCUCAGUGUGGGUCCACAGUCAGCCAUAGACCGAAACUUCCUUGGGAAGCCUUCCUUACCACUUCUUCUCUGCGGCAGGCUCAGAGACCGUGCUUGCCAUAUCAAUUCCCAUGGUGCACUGCGGCUUUCUACUGUGCUGCUCCAGGAGCCGGUCCUUGCCUUUACCUGUGUGGCCCCAGCCUAGAGUUCUUAGUCCUUGUUGCCCAGAAGUGACUUAGGAACACGGAACAGGGAAGAUGUUGGGGGCAGGGACCAAGUCUCUCAUGUGAUAGAUCAACUGAGGUCAAGAGAAACUGGAGUCUUCCUAGGCUCACCCAGCAAAUGACCAUCAUCAAUAUGACAGUCUCUAAGCCUUGAGAGAGCCUCUUACCCCCAGAGCCUCACUCAGUUUACCAUCUGAGGCCCUGUUGGCCUUCCUAGCACUGCACCCUGCUUUCUGUUUGUAUGGACAUCUGCCCAAUGCUCACCUCCUUUGCAGCCCCAACUCUUAUUCCCCACGUUUUGCUCCCUCUUCAGCUAGAAUAAAGGCCCGCAGGCUUUGCUUCUGGU